AUGUUGAACGAGGCAGUAGUUUUAGAAUUUAGAAGAGUGACUGUUAUAAGAAAACUGGUCAAUAUUCGUGUGCCUGAAUCAUCUCAGCGAAUGUCCGAAGAUGGAUUAAAAGUUCUGCAUAUCAUAAUGGAUUUCCCACUACUCCUAACAGCAAACUUUUCGAACAAUGAAAUUCAAGAUAUUCUACCAGGUACAUUCCUGAAUCAGACCUUGAUGAAGGAGCUGGAUUUGUCUGGUAACGCAAUAACACAUCUAAAUCAAGGUACCUUAAAUGGUUUGACAAGUCUUCGAUCGUUGGAUUUGUAUAAUAACGAGAUAUAUGGUGUAACAACAGGUGCCUUCAGUGAUCUAACAAGACUUCGAAAGUUGGAUCUGAGAUAUAACAGAAUAACUACUUUAACUCAAGGUGGCUUCGAUGGUUUGACAAGUCUUCAAUAUUUGAAUCUGAGAUUUAACAGAAUAACUACUUUAACGCAAGGUGGCUUCAGUGGUUUGACAAGUCUUCAAUAUCUGUAUUUGUCUUAUAACGAGAUAUCUCGUGUAAAAAAUAAUUCCUUCAGUGAUCUAACAAGACUUCGAAAGUU